AUGCGGAUUACAUACUAUGAACAUCGACGAAGACACCUGCGGGUGGCUUGGCAUCCCCACGCCUCUCGAAAUGCACAUAAACAGCACGCCCGCCUACUGGAGAAUGAGAUCCAGGAACUGAACCUGCAGCUGCGUAAAGCGAGGGAGGACAUUCAUGGCUUGGUGCAAAUGCUGGCUGAGGCCGAGGCGGUCAAGACGCAGUUCCGGGGAUACCUCGCCGAGAGAAGUACUGAAGCCGCCUCCAUGCGCAAACAGAUCAACGACCCUGACGACCUCAUCAAAAGAGCCGACAAGAAACGCGCUGAUCAGCUGAAAGAGCUGCUCGAUGGCCUCGUCACUCGACCAAAACCAUCGCCUAAGCUCAGGUUCCAGAUUGAGGCCUGGCCAUGUGCGGAAGACUUUCUCCAGUACAACGGCACAUUCAUGACUUCGUUGCAGCGU